AUGAAUGAAAAUUCUACGGAUAAUAAUGCUAUCUCAGUUGAUAAUUCAUUUGCUGCACAACAUCCUACUGUUGACAAUGAGCAAUGUAAAAAAUCAACGCAAAAUGAAUUUAAUUCAGCAAAAUGUGCCACUGCUACUAAUACAACAAAGAAGUGGUCAAUGACUCCGACACCUUUACAAUUUUCGCCUUGGUCACGACAUCGAUCUUCAAUUGCUGCAGGUGCAUUUGUUGUAUUCACAAUUAUAGCAAUAAGUAUUGGUACAUUGACUGUUUGUUUCACUUCACCAAAAGCUACUGUUGGCUCUGGUCCAACAUCUAUAGCUAUUGGUGAUUUCAAUAACGAUACUCGACUAGAUAUCGUUGUUGGCAAUCUUCGGAGUGAUGAUUCUCUAGCUAUUGGUGAUUUGAAUAACGAUGCUCGACAAGAUAUCGUUGUUGUCAAUUUUUAUAGCGAUGAUGUAAGUGUCCUUCUUGGAUAUGGUAAUGGUUCUUUUGCAAAUGAAACAAGAUAUUCAGUUGGCCAUGGGUCACUAUUUGUCGCUAUUGGUGAUUUGAAUAACGAUACUCGACUAGAUAUCGUUUUUGUCAAUUUUUGGAGCAAUGAUAUAAGUGUCCAUCUUGGAUGUGGUGAUGGUUCAUUUGCAAAUGAAACAAGAUAUCCAGUUGGCUUUGGUCCAACAUCUGUAGCUCUUGGUGAUUUGAAUAACGAUACUCGACUAGAUGUCGUUGUCACCAAUCGAUAUAGUAAUGAUGUGAGUGUGCUUCUUGGAUAUGGGAAUAGUUCAUUUGCAAAUGAAACACGAUAUUCAGUUGGCUAUGGACCAGAAUCUGUAGCUAUUGGUGAUUUGAAUAACGAUGCUCGACAAGAUAUCGUUGUUGCCAAUUCUUAUAGCGAUGAUGUAAGUGUCCUUCUUGGAUAUGGUAAUGGUUCUUUUGAAAAUGAAACAAGAUAUUCAGUAGGUGCUGGGCCAGAAUCUGUAGUUAUUGGUGAUUUCAACAACGAUACUCGACUAGAUAUCAUUGUCGCCAAUACUUAUAGCAAUAAUGUAAGUGUCCUUCUUGGAUAUGGGAAUAGUUCUUUUGCAAAUGAAACAAGAUAUUCAGUUGGCUCUCGACCAUAUUCUGUAGUGAUUGGUGAUUUCGAUAACGAUACUCGACUAGAUAUCGUUGUCGCCAAUUUUGAUAGCGAUGAUGUCAGUAUUCUUAGCUAUGAUGAUAUAUUUUUUGUAAAGCAAAUGACACUCAUAACUGGAAAUGGUAGCAGACCACAGUCACUAGUAAUUAGUGAUUUUAACAAUGAUGGUCUAAUAGAUAUCGGUGUCGUCAAUUCACUUACUACUAGUCUUGGUGUUUUUCUUGGAUAUGGUAAUAUAUCUUUUACCAAUCAAGUUACACAUUCAACUCAUCCAUAUUUAUAUCCAUGUGCUAUGGCUGUAGGCGAUUUCAACAAUGAUACUCAUAUAGAUAUUGUUUUUGCCAGCUGUGCCUCGGAAAAUGUUGGCGUUGUCUUUGGAUAUGGCAAUGGUUCUUUUGGAAAUGUGAUACCGUAUUCAACAGGACAUUGUCGUCACGAUUUAUGA